AUGGCUGAAGGAACACAUUUGUCCCAAUUGCAAGAUGGAUUGCAGUCCUUCAUGAAAUCCACUGAACCGCAGCUCACCACCAUUGAAGUUGAAAUGCAAGCUAUGCGACGUCAAAUGGAGGCCAUGAUGCACCAGCUUUCUUCCUUAGCAAUAGAGAUGAAAGCUGCAAAUUCACAAAAAUCAUCAGGUUCAGGUAACAAUGGCAAUCCAAACACAAAUGAACAGAUGGUUUUACACACUGGAGAGAUCCAUCCAAGAGCUAUACGCUUGGAUUUUCCCACAUUUAAUGGAGGAGAUCCACAUGGUUGGUUGUAUAAGGUGAAUCAAUUUUUUUCCUUCCAUAAUACCUUACCUCAGCAUCAUUUGAGAUUGGCAUCUUUUCACAUGGAGGGCAAGGCCCUCGUAUGGUUUCAGGGCCUAGAUGAAUCAGGUCUCCUGACUUCAUGGGAGGAAAUGGUGAAAAUAAUGUUAAUCAGAUUUGGACCCUCUAGUUAUGAUGGUCCUAUGGAACAAUUAACUAGACUAAGACAAGUGGGGACAGUUGAAGAGUAUAAAGCUCACUUUGAAGCUUUAUCAAACAGGUUGAGGGGACUCUCAAAUCAGUACAAACUGAGUUGUUUUCUCAGUGGACUUAAGGAUGAAAUAAGGUUGAUUGUACGCAUGUUUAACCCAAACAACCUCAUAUUUGCCUAUGGCCUUGCCAAAAUCCAAGAAGAAAAUAUUUCCCUACAUAAGAAAUACACUCCCAGAAAUUUUAACCAUCACCACAUAGAACCAGCAUCUCUUAAAUUCCAACCCACCCAACCCAACCCUACAAACCAGAAAAAUUAUGGGACAUCAGUAGUACCUGUCCAGAAAAUUAGUCCCGCUGAGAUGAAAGAUAGGCGUACCAAAGGUCUUUGUUACCAUUGUGACUCAAAAUGGCACCCUAGCCAUAGAUGCCAAACCCCCAAACUCUAUCUAAUUGAAGAAGUGUUGGAUGAUGUGGGCUUGAAUGAAGUUGACCCAGGACCAAACACAGAUCAAGAAGAGUGCUCAGACGGGACUAACACUAGGAAAGAACAUGAAAUAUCAUUACAUGCUAUCAUAGGAACUAUCAAUCCUAGAACUAUGCAUGUCAUGGGGAGAGUGGGCAGCCAAGCAGUGACAAUUUUAAUUGACUCGGGAAGUACACAUAACUUUCUCGACUCAGCUUUAAUGUCUCAGCUACAUCUACCAGUUUCCACUCAUGAAAUAGUAAGAGUAAAAGUUGCUAAUGGUGAUCAGCUAGAAAGUGAUGGGAAGCAUAUGGGGGUCAAUGUUAAUAUUCAAGGGGUAUUCUUUCAAGUGGAUAUGUACCUGCUUGAGUUGGCAGGCUGUGACAUGGUUCUUGGAGUCCAAUGGCUACAGGGAUUGGGCUCCAUUCUUUGGAAUUUCCAAGAAUUAACCAUGCAAUUCACUUACAAUGCUAAAAUUGUUGUUCUAAAGGGGUUGUCUGCUACCAGUUGGCUGGAGGAAGGACCUAUUGACAGGUCAAACAGCUCUGAAACUAAGGGUCUUUUAUUACAAUUGAUUGAAACCUCACCCGAUACACAAGCCCAAACCAUACCUAUUCCUAUACAUGAACACCUAGACACUUAUACCGACAUCUUUGCCACCCCAAAAGGCCUACCUCCUAUACGCACCCAUGACCACACUAUUAACCUUCAGCCCGGCACAAAACCAAUUUCAGUAAGACCCUAUUGCUAA